AUGGCGGAUGAACUCCCGUUAUGGUUCCCACCCAUGAGUAGCGACGAUUCAUCCGAUAGUAGCAUUCUUUUUUUUUUUCAAAAUCUCAUCGAAGAAGCCGAACUUCAAGAUACCGGCACAUCUAACCGAAGGAGAUAUAUUGAACGUCAACGUGAGGAGGGGCAUGAGACACUCAUGGCGGAUUAUUUUGUCGAAGACCCGAAGUACAACGAAGAUAUCUUUCGGCAUAGGUUCCGUAUGUCGAAACGUUUGUUUCUAAAAAUUGUGUCCGAUGUGGAAGAGAACGACCCGUGGUUUGUAGAGCCCCCCGAUGCGCGAGGUAGGAAGGGCUUUACGCCCUUGCAAAAGGUGACAUCGGCUAUUAAACAGCUCGCAACUGGAAACACUCCAGACGAGAACGAUGAGUACUUGCAUAUGGCCGAAAGAACUUCCCGCGAGUGCCUAGAAUAUUUUUGUGACACGGUUUGCAAAAUAUACGGUCCAGAGUUCUUACGUAGACCGACAAGCCACGACAUGGCACUUUUAUACCAAGCUCAUGAGGAAAAACAUCACCUUCCAGGAAACAUAAAUUGUUAUGCUUUUGUUGAUGAGGAUGGCGAUGAUAGUGAAUUUCAUCUUAAAUGA